CAUUUUUCAUUAUCACGAUUUGCACACGACACCAACGUAUUUUUUGAUUGAUAUUGUUUUGGUUUUCUGGUUUGUUUCAUUUCCUAUCUUCAUGUUUCCGCCCAUCGGACAGUUAACUGCGGCCACAUCAUAAUUAAUGUUAGCGGAUUGUAUGUCGAGUAUAGCUUGGAUUGGCUGAUUAUUUAGAGCAGAACAAGCAAACGUUCGUAAUUAUAUUUUCCACUUGUUGUACAAUGGACAAGGAAGUAAAAGGAUCGGAAAAAACCACAUGGAGCAACCAGGUCGAGUUUUUCCUCUCAUUACUCGGCUAUGUCAUUGGCCUUGGUAACUUAUGGAGGUUUCCCUAUGUUUGUUACAGGAAUGGAGGAGGUGCCUUCCUGGUUCCUUACUUGGGUUCAAUGUUGAUCAUUGGUUUGCCAAUGUAUGUUGGUGAGAUAGGGAUGGGUCAAUAUACAAGGUCGGGGAAAAUUAACGCUUGGAACAGAAUCCCAAUCAUGAAGGGCAUUGGGUUCGGCUCCAUCAUAAUGUGUUUUUUUUCAAUGCCGCCCUAUAUGAUGGUCAUGUCAUGGUCGUUAUUUUACCUUGGACAUUCGUUUAAUUCCGAUCUUCCUUGGGCAACUUGUGGUCAUCAUUGGAAUUCGAACUCGUGUAUCAGUAUUGCGCAAUCUAGUUCAACCAACCUGUCAAUCAACCCACAAACUAACCUGUCAAUCAACCCGCAAACCAACUUGUCAAUCAACCCACAAACCAACUUGUCAAUCAACCCGCAAACCAACCUGUCAAUCAACCCACAAACCAACCUGUCAAUCAACCCACAAACCAACUUGUCAAUCAACCCGCAAACCAACCUGUCAAUCAACCCACAAACCAACCUGUCAAUCAACCAAAGCACCAACUUUUCAUAUUCCCAAAGCUCCUUAUCUCAGGUUCAAUUUUGGAGAAACUAUGUUUUCCAAAAUGGUGACCUUGAAUACACGUUCAGUUGGCCGAUGUUGGUAUGCGUGGUUGUCGCUCACUUUAUUGUGUUUGUCGUCAUUAUUAAAGGGAUCAGAUCAAGUGGAAAGGUAGUCUAUGUCACCGCCACGUUUCCGUACCUCAUGCUCCUAACAUUGCUCAUACGUGCUUUAACACUCGAUGGGGCUGGAGAGGGGGUUCGAUUGUUUCUUGUACCAAAGUUUGGCGACCUUUUGAACCCACAGGUAUGGGUAGAAGCAAGCGCACAAGUCAUCUUAACCCUUGGCAUCACUUACCCGGGCCUUACCGCGUUCGGAUCUUACAAUAAGUUUCGUAAUGAUUUUUAUAAACAAUCGAUUUAUGUCGUACCACUGGGGGCAGCAACAUCGUUGUUAAUGGGGGUUGUAACAUUUUCGUUACUUGGUCACUUGUCACACACACAGGGUGUCAAGGUAGAAGAUUUGAUUCAAUCCGGUCCAGGGUUGGUGUUCCAAAUAUAUCCAGUUGGAUUAUCUUUGAUGCCUCUUCCACAAUUCUGGUCGGUUUUAUUUUUCCUCAUGUUUAUAUUGGUGAUUAUUUUUCUGUACUGCUGA